AGAACAUGGAAGGUUCUGGCGAUGGUUCACCGCAGUCAUCUAUGUGCAUGGUAAAAGCGGCCGAGCUUUUUCCCAAACCGGUGCUCGAAAAGGAAGAGGAAAAGUUAUCCGUUCGAUUUCCUGAAUUGGCCGGUGAAUCAGUGAAAUAUCUAGGUCAAACAGACGAUGGCAUUCUCGCGCUAUCAAACUACAGAUUGUUUUUGUUGAAAAAUUCAACUGGUGCGGAAACUUCCGUGCCCCUAGGAUUGAUUGAAUCUACCAGAAUACACGAUCUAUUCCAUCUGAUCGUCAGCUGCAAAGACGCCAGUACAGUAAAAUGCUCAUUUGCAACAUCAGAACAGUGCGCCGAAUGGCACCGGCGAACGUCGCUCUCGAUUGGUGUUCCGGAAACGUUGGAGUCACUGUUCGCAUUUCCGUUUCACGCGUGGGCCUCGGAAUCGCCCACACUCAACCAGGAUAACGAAUGGUACGGUCGGUUGCAGCGGGUCGGAAACUACGACGACGAUUUCCGCAAAGAAGUCGACCGGUUACAGUUCGAUUUGCAAGGGGCCUGGCGCAUAAGUCACGUCAAUGCCGAGUUCAAAUUGUGUCCUUCCUAUCCCCGCCUCUUACUUGUUCCGGCUUGUAUUUCGGACGACACGCUACAAAAUGUGGCCAGCUUUCGAAGUUCACGUCGUAUCCCGGCCGUAGUGUGGCGGCAUGAACGAACAGGUGCAGUCAUCGCCCGGUGUAGUCAACCGGAAGUCGGUUGGCUGGGCUGGAGAAACUCCAAAGACGAACAACUACUCAAAGCUCUCUCCGAUGCUUGUUCGUUCGAUCGAGGCACACAGGAAGUUAGGACAAGACACAACUCAACGGCAUCCAGCGAAAGUAAUCCUCCCAGUCCCGAGGGAAGCCACGAAGAGGUGGAAAUGGAGGAACCCAAAAAGAUCCUUAUAGUCGACGCACGAUCGUACACUUCGGCCGUCACGAAUCGAGCCCGCGGAGGAGGAUGUGAGUGUGCCGAAUACUAUCCGAGCGCAGAAAUUCAGUUCAUGAGCUUGGGAAACAUCCACGUUAUCCGGAAAAGUUUUCACGCUCUGAGGCAACUUUGUUCAUCACAACCGGAUAUACCAAAUUGGUUAAGUCUACUAGAACGUACUAUGUGGUUGCAACACAUGUCUGGCCUCUUGGCUGCAUCAAUGGUUGUCUGUCAUGCGAUUGAGCGAAGUGGACGACCUGUUUUGGUUCAUUGUUCCGAUGGAUGGGAUCGUACUCCCCAGAUCGUUGCAACUGCACAGCUAUGUCUAGAUCCGUACUACCGCACGAUCGAGGGUUUCAGGGUACUGGUUGAACGCGAAUGGCUGAGUUUUGGACACAAAUUCUCCGACCGAUGCGGUCACGGUCCCGGCUCGGAUGAAACCAACGAACGCUGUCCGGUAUUUCUACAAUGGCUCGAUUGUGUUCACCAAAUCCAUCAGCAGUUCCCAUGUAGCUUUGAAUUUGAUAUGGGCUACCUGAUCAAAUUAGCACAGCAUUCGCAUUCUUGUUUGUUCGGAACGUUCCUAUGUAACACCGUCAAAGAACGAAUAGAGAACAGUGUGCCGGAUCGCACUUUCUCGGUGUGGCCUUUUCUCUCCGGUCCAAUGUAUAAAAACCAUCUGUACGUGCCGAACCGGGAACGGGUUCUGUGGCCUGCACACAGCGUUAGAGAUUUGAGACUGUGGACCGAAGUUUAUCUGGGAAGCUGGGGCGGAAACCAAAGUACGGCCGACUAUCCCGCCAAUGGCGAAGGAGUUGCCGGACAGGAACACAGCGGUUCGAUGACAAAAACUCGUUCAUAUGGAGACUUGAUGACCGGAGUCAAUGCCGGUGGUUUAACUAGGCGUUCCAGCGAUCCGAACAUGACAGUCGAUUCUAGCAUGCUUGCCGGUACACUCAACCUUUCCCAGGAAAACUCAAUCGACUCGAACCUAUCCUCCGAUCGGGAAAUUUCCCCGGACCUCAUCGAUCACCACACCAGCUCGCUGGCCAUGAUUCAACACACCACUCAAAAGCUACAAAGCCUUACUCAGGAGCUCAAUCAGUCCGACGAAGAGCUGGAAAACAACAUUAAAAACACAAAGCGGGGCCCUCCAACCCUGAACGAAAUAAACUCAACCUCUAGUCUUUUUAUGAACGGCAGUAGUAGUGAUAGUUACAACUUUAAACCAAUUGUUCCUGAACAGCAAACGCCAGCGGCCGCCGCAGUUCCCAACUCAUCAACGCCUCCAAACCCUCUUCAAAGGCAUCACCAACCCCCAACCUCCGUAACCGCAACCGACAUCGACGAGAACACUUCACGAAUUAUCAAAAUCGAAAACUACUUGGAAAGCAGCAUCAGCAACAGCAACAACAUUGCUGACGGAUCAGAAGACACGACAGAUGGCGAUGACCGAGGACACAGUCCGAUGCGGGUGAUCGCCAAACCGAUUCCGGCCAUCGCGGACCCACAGAAUCUGGGAACUGGAAUCGACAUGAUGGAGAGUGUAGACUUGAGCGGAAAAUCUCCUUCUCCGCCGGCCAUCCAAUCGUCACCGCAGCACGCCGGAAAUCUAUGGCACGGAUCGGUCGAAACCAGCACCGACACCUUGGUCCCGGUGGAUCAGUACUCGUCGCCGAAACGGAUCAUCCAGCUGAGUGAAAGCAGCGCCGAGGAUGAUUCGACAGCUGCUCCGCUGAAGAUCUCGGACAAUGAUUCCGCUGUUCCGGCCACCGUCGCCGGCGCUAACCUUGAGAAUAGUAUUAGUUUAGACAUUACUAGUAACGGUAGAUACGAACACAAAGACUUGAACGAGGAUAGUAACGAUGGCGUCUUUAGCGCCGGUUCUACCCAGACCACUGGUGAUAGUAACGGAUGUGAUCUUAUUAGUGAUAGUAAAGACUAUGAUAAGAAAAACUUCAAUCAAGCUAUUUUCGGAAACGAUACUAAGCAAAACGAUACACCAAAGGAGCAGGUGGACAACAGCAACAGCCGGUUACGAACCAGCGUUGUCAUACCGGGGGUUUUCGGACGAUCGAUUUCCUCAAAUCAAACCACUGAUAGCACUAGCGGCGGUGAUAAUUCGAGCAAAGUUAAAAACUCUAAUGCACCAAUGAUGGACGAAAGUAUCAUCAUACAGCCACAGUUCCAACAGUUAGAAAUCAAUGGCAAGAAUUCGGAAUCGCAUCAACAACAACAACAGCAGCAGGGUCUUCGCCAGCAUGGCUCCAAUUUCAACAACGGCAUCAACAAUGUCAGUAAUCAAAUGAUGCUGGCAAACCAUCAUCAUUAUCAACAGCAGCCACCGACGUCAGGGGCACUCCAUCAACCGCAAAACCAGCGCCGGAGACGCAAUUCAUCCAACUCGAAAAAUGAUAUGAGCCCCAACAAACCCACUACCAAUGGAAGUAUAUCCCCAAGUGCCACAAAUUCCCGCUUCUCGACGCCCGGUGUUCGCUCACUGCCACUGACUCCGCCGAGUGUACCGUUUUCUGCCGAGCGUCCUCCGGUGGCCGCCCUGUCCUGCCCGGAUGGAUUGGCCCACGCUCUCUCGGAACAGAACCUUCGCCUGCAGCAAAUCGUCUACGAACAUCGGUUACGCGAGGAAGCUCUCCAGCGUGAACUGUAUGCCACCCGAUUGGCGCUGCUGAAGAAAACAUGCCACAGCUGUAAUAAUCAGCAGUUCGCUAACGACGACCCGGUUUCCCUUAGUUAUCAAAUCUGUAGCGGUGAAGGGUUGUUGUGGCUAGAAUCGAAUACGAGUUCUAUGACUAUCUCUAGUGUAACGUUCAAAAUUGACCUAACUACCGAUGAGUGCGUACUGGGCAAUGCUAGUAGCACCUUUGAGACAGAUGAAAAAUGUAGAUCAUCAACGACACCAGCAUCAACAACGACGACACUUGACAACGAUGAAUGGUCCCCCGAACGACUCAAGGACCGGUGGCAGAAAGCCCGGGAUCAGCUGACUGGAACCGGCCGGGUCUGCGGUACCAUUCAAAAACUGCUCGAUCGAAUCCGAGCCAAGCGCAAUCGAAUCUACACUACUGCUAGUGGUUGUAGAGACGAUUGUGACACAUUUGAACCAUUGACCUCGAUGGUCGAUUCGAUAUGCGAAAACGCUUCUAACUGUUCCUGGGAGGCGGUAGAUGAACGCAGUGCGCCAUCUUCGGGUGCCAACUCAUCCCAGCAGAUAACCAACAGCGUACUCUGGGUACCGGACCAUGCUGUGUCCCGAUGCACCAUCUGUCAAACGGAGUUCUGGCUUGGCCGAAGGAAGCAUCACUGUCGUUCGUGCGGGCAAAUUUUCUGCGCCGACUGCUCCGAGUACUGGGCACCACUCCCGGAAGAAAAACUAUUCCAACCGGUGCGACUGUGCGAGUCCUGCUACAUAAAUGUGACUGGAAAAAUUACCAACAGCCAAACAUCAGCAAUGGUUGGAAGUACAAUAGCGAACAGUAACAUCAGCAACAACAACCAUCACCAGAGCAAUAGCAUGAAUGGAAGUGUCCAAUCUCUAGCUACAAAAUCCCAGCGCAAUGCCUCGAAUCCAUCGCAGCAGGUAUGCAGUCAAAAUAAUAGCGUAGCGGCAGGACUACUAACAUCGGUCAGUACCGCCACCGCUGGAGGCUUGCCAAGUAGCUUGGACAACUGUAAACAACAGGUUACCACCAACUCGAGCUGCAGUGCCAGUGCCCACAUGAGCGCUGAUCGAGGAACGUGCAAAGCUACCACCGCCACAAAUUAGAAACGCCGCUAUGUUUAUUGAACGCCGUACCUGCCGGUGACUCGUGGUGUCGCUAUCGCUCAUAAGUCCCUAAAUGAAUUGUAAAACAUUGCUUUAAAUUGUUCUUUUUCUAUCUAUAUUAUUUAUGCCUUUCCUGUAUAGAAUGAUUUUAACUUUUGUCGACCACUUCCUAGUUUUUUAAUGCGUUUUAUUUUAUUUUAUUUACAAUCAGAAGAAUUAGGGUCAUGUAAACAUUCUUGUUAAAUGAAAAAAAAAAACACAGAACAAAAAAAAUCAAAGUACUACAUAACGAUAAAUGCAAUUCUCACAUACACACAAACAAUGUUAAUGUACUACUACAGAAGAAGCUUUUCGUAGAGAGAGAGAAUAUAUAUGAAAUAUAUAAUGUUACAAGUGGUAUAAUAUUGAAUAUAUACGUCAGCAAAGCUAUAAAUUACAAUAAAUAUAAAAAAUACCGAAACAAUUUAGAACAUACUGAGCAUAAAUAAAGAAAACAAUUCAAAAAUAGGCAAAAAAGAUACAACAAUACAGCAAAAGAUCACCAUUUAUUGUAUAGAUGCAGACGCAAAUUAGUAAUGUAUGAAAAACUAUCGAGUGAAAGCUAAUCCUGUGAAUAUGUGUGAACAACUUUUUUUUGUAUUUCCUAAAACAACCCGAAACUUCCCUGGUGGAAUUGUUGAAGUAA